UUAUAAUUUUUUACAGUGUAGUACAGUUAUAUACAGUGUAAUGUAAAUGUUUAUACAUUGAACUGUUAUUUUUUUUUACAGUGCAUUCCUGUGCUCUGGGGAGUUUGCAGGCCACGCCCACUUCACUCGUAAAAACAAAGACACCGCUCAGCUGUGUCAGACAUCACUGGGUCACGCUUUCCAUUUAAAAAGACAGCAAACCGGAAGCUAGAUUUUUUUAAAUAUCUCAAUACUUUUUUAAAUUAAAAAAUAAAACACAUAUUCUGUUAAAGUUAUUAACAUUAAAACACGUUUCCGCUUCUUUACUUUGUGCCUGUCGGACCUCAUUCUUUUAUUGUGAAACGGAACCACCGGAAGUCGUACGGUUGUAUCUCGCAGCUCGACAGAUCGGGACUCGCGGCAGGUUUUUCACGGUCGCAGCUCGUUGAUGGAGGAUGACACACAAAUUAAAAUGAUCCGAUUAAAAAUCUACUGCUGCUGCUGCUGACGUCAUCGUGGCUCUAAAGUGUGUAGGUGGCGGCUGGAUGGAUGUUCAGAACUCCUUUGGUCAAACUGCAUUUGUACCUGAAGGAUAUUUACAGGUAGAAAAUGGCGGCAGUGGUGAAAGAAGGUGGAGUUACUAACAAUACGGAAGGGUGGAACAGCUGCACACAAGGAGUGGAAGGUAGGAAAGAGGAGGGCGGAGAAAGAUGAGACAGUUGGACCAAUGAUCUUCAGUCUGGUUGAACAUGAAGGGGCGGAGCUUAACGUUAAAGAGGUCAUCAUGGACAGAAAGCUGGACCUGUCUCGUCUGACGGACGAUGAAGCCAAACACGUGUGGGACGUGAUUCAGCGAGAUUUUAACCUGCGCAAGAAAGAGGAGGAGAGACUUGGAGAUUUAAAGACAAAGAUAGAGAAGGAGGACACGAAGCGCGAGCUGCUGACGGUUCAGAGUAAACUGUCGGCGUGUGCGUGCGUGUGUUGUCUUCAGCCCUUUAAGUUCCUGCUCAACAGUAAGCGCUUGUGUCUGGACUGUCACAUGUUCACCUGUAAAACCUGCAGCCGCUACAACAAGAAGGAGCACGGCUGGGUGUGUGACAACUGCCGCAUGACCAGAGUGUUGAAGAUCGGCACUGCAGGCUGGUACCAUGACAACGUCAGGAACAGGUUCAAACGCUUUGGCAGUGCAAAGGUCAUGAGGUCACUGUACAAGAGGCUCAACGGAGAGGGUGGUCGUGACGACGACACUCAGAGUAUGCCUGACGUGCGGAACUACAUGUACAACGCUAACGAGGACGAGCACGGAGACGUCGAGGCUCAGCGAUACAAAGGGAUGAGGAAGAGUAAACGACUGUUGUCAGUUCAUCCUCUUGACUUUGACCCAGAAGAAUAUUCCUCUCACUCGCGACGAGCCUCUAUACAGAUGCAGGAGGAUCGUUUUUACAGGAAUGAUGUGGAUUAUGACGUUUACACCCAACGCAUGAACCGCAGGAAGAGUCUGGACCGCUACGCCAUGAGGCCCGAGGAGUACGUCGACAGCCGGAUGGUUCGGACUCGCUCUCUCUCUAAGAUCAGUUCUUCGGUUGCUCGGCAACAGUACGUGGACACGUCUGACGAGGACGAGUUCCCACGGUAUCCACUCGUCUACCAACCACCGCCACACCGUCGCCGGAACAGCAGGACGUCUUCUCAGGAGAAUCUGGGACAAGCUCCACCUAUCAAUGAGCUGAACAAACGUAUGUUGGCCAUCGAGAGUCUGCUGAGUCGUCUGGAGGAGAAGAUGACACCAGGUGAUGAGGCGUUGACGCCGUCGGCUCAGAACGAGGAGGAAAAGCUGAGGAGGAAACUGAGCGAGUUAGCGGGAAACCUGAGUGAUAAAGGCGUGUCUUCAGAGGACGAGGGCGGGAAGAAGACGUCUGUGGAGAAAGGUCCAGGACCAGUGGUCACUCUGGACUCUCUAAAGGACAAAGAGCUGAGCUCGUCCAGUGACGAGGUGCCCACCGAGGCUCAGAAGAGAUCCAGUGCCUCCGCCCUCUGUGACCUCACCACUGAGGUCCUCAGAACCAUUAACGCCACAGAAAACGCCAUGGUCGCGUUCGGCCUCUCUGAACCGAGCCCACGCUCAAACAUAGGGGGCGCUGAUGUAAAGCAAGUGGACGAUGCGUUCAGGGAACUUGAGAAAAACGUGUACGUCACCACAGGUCAAUCGUACGAACUAGAGAGCAAACUUCGUAAACUGGAGCAAAAUGCCAGGAACCGCUUUGGAGGGACGACGGACUCUGAGCUGUCGGAGCUGGAGGACGUGGUGGCGCUGACGGCCGCCAGAGUCCAGAGUGCUGAGAGCGAGGUUUCUGACAUAGAGAGUAAACUCGCUGCUCUCAGUGCUGCAGGCUCCAAGAAGAAGGUUUCUGUGUCUCAGAGGAAAAAGUCCACACAGGAUUUACUGAAAACUAAUGGAGCUCAGUGGAAGAACAACAUGUACUGAACCAAAGACCCAGGAACCUGAGACCAGAGAGCCGGACAACCUGAGACCAAAGACCCAGAAACCUGAGACCAGAGAGCCGGACAACCUGAGACCAAAGACCCAGAAACCUGAGACCAGAUAGCCAGACAACCUGAGACCAAAGACCCAGAAACCUGAGACCAGAGACCUAGAAGCCUGAGACCAGAGAGCCGGACAACCUGAGACCAGAGACCCAGAAACCUGAGACCAGAGAGCCGGACAACCUGAGACCAAAUACCCAGAAACCUGAGACCAAAGACCUGGAAACCUGAGACCAGAGACCCAGAAACCUUAGACCAGAGAGCCGGACAACCUGAGACCAAAGACCCAGAAACCUGAGACCAGAGACCCAGAAACCUGAGACCAGAGACCCAGAAACCUUAGACCAGGGAGCUGGACAACCUGAGACCAGAGACUCAAAAACCCAAGACAUUAACAGACCAUAACCCUUAAGUCAAACAUCAAGAGAACCUGAAACUUGAGGCUCAAAAAUCCUGAGACCCUACCAUUCAAACCAAGAAUCAAAGUUAAUUUAGUUAAUCCAGAGUUGUAGUUAAUCCAGAGGUUUAGUUAGACCAGGUUUAGUUAAUACAGAGGUGUUUAAAUGUUUAAAAUGAAUAUUAUAUCGUUUAUUUAAAAAACUAAUUUCAUCAAAGUAAAAAAUCUGUUUAUUAAACUUGAAUAAAAACAUACAUGUAUUGAUUAUUGAUUAUAGGCUGGAUGUUAUUGAUCAUUAUUUAGUUUAUUUGACUUAUUGAUUGGAAAUGGAAUUUAAAUUGAUGAUCACUGAUCAUUUGUCUGACACUGUUUGGAAUCAGAUCAAUAAACUAUUAAAAUAAUUGA